AUGUGGCUCGGUGUGGUUACAACUCUAGCACUACUGACUCUAGCACAUGCGAAUAAUCAAAAGACUUCAAGCCGCAAUGGAUACGCAGAAUGGGGCUGGCAAAUGCGAGAACAAGGCCCGGGUUCUGUCGGACAAUACUAUGUCAGACUUCCUGAGUCCGAGCAACAAGUCCGCUAUAUAGCAGACGGUAGUGGCUACCACGGUGCGCUGGCGUACAACACGAAGGGCCCACAUCACAGCACUACGUCAAACUUCGCCCUAGGACGUAGAGCACUGGAGUUAGAUUCCCAGAUAUCUUCUCAAGUGAGCCCCGGAAUACCAAAUGAAAUUCAAGAAGCAAGUGCCACCUCCGAUUUGCGUGCGGAACAAAAUCCUCUUGAGUUUUUCCUUCUGCAAACUCAUUACACGGCACCUCCUAACCAACCGCCACUAUUUCAAUUAAUUCCAGAUCAAAAUCUUGUUCAAUAUAAUCCAAUACCUAAUAUUUUUAACGAUUUUAACUUUAACGAUUUACCCAAAGCUGAAUAUUACAACUACGUUCAACAUAAUAACGGUGUCAUGCCAGACCAGAACAACUUGAUCUUACUGAAUAAUAAUCAAAAUGAAGGAACACAGCUGUCUCAUAGUGAAAAUAUUAACAAACCAAACGGUCAGAUAGAGGUAGUACAAGUAUUUAAGGAUUCUAACUGUUCAAACAAUGAUGUCCAACAGAAGAAUCAUAUUGAUAAAGAAUCCGCUAAAUUAGAAUUGUCAAAUGGUUUAGUAGACGGAAACUUCGGUGAAAAAGAAAUAAAACCUCUAUAUCGAGGUACAGUUCACUUUAAAGUUGAAUCACCACGAAGUAAUGCUAGAAAUGAAAAAUUUUACUAUUCAAGUUUAUCCGGAUCCACUACACCUAAUUCCGUAACAUUAACUGAAGAAGAAGGUAUAUCACGGCUUGUUGCUUCUACGCAGGACCUCAUAUCAAAUGACGACUUGUUAAAAAUUAAUCACGCCGAAGAAUCAUCAGCCAUCUAUUCUCAAAACGAUGAUCUAAUUAAAGCAAAACCAAGAUUCAGUGUUAGAUCUCAAGGUACCUUUGACUCACAGCGAACUGUUCCUCAAAGUCAUGUCUCAGUUUCCACUAAGUAUGGAAAUAUUGUAAAUACUAAAACACAACAUAUAAAGAAUGAAAGAAAUAAUAAACAAUUAGGGGAACAAACAUUUAAAUCACCAAUAAUUGUCUCAGAUGCAGAUGAAAACAAUUUUAAACAAAAGGUUGUUAACAAUUUAAUAUCUACAAUGGUUCCAUACUUGGAAGACGGUUAUGAACUGGUAGGAGUAAGAAACAGCUUAGAUGAAGACGCUGAAACUUCUGGCGAAGAUUUGGUUAACAUAACUCCAAGGCCCAUCAGCCAGAACUAUUUAAGACCAAUCACGGUUGCUCUGAGGCUUUUGGAAUCAAAUAAUACCGAUUAUCAAGACCAUGACAUAUCUGAAAGUGAAAACAUCCCAGAUACAGCCAUGCCUGAAAAGGAAAGAACAAUAAUAGAAAUCCAACAUUCAAUACCUAUUGAAAUAACUCAUAUAAACGAUGUUGAAUAUCAUCGCGAGUACAUAGAUGAGGGUAGAAAUUUUAAUUAUGGCAAUGUCCUGCAUAAUCAAUAUAGAUCAUCAGAAACCAAUAAUGUACGACCUAAUCAAAAUACAGACUAUAACGAUAGACCAAAGAAGAAUUCUAAUGAUAAUGAACAAUCAGGCAAUGCUUACAGUGAAGUUCAUGUAAAUCCAAACCAACAACAAGAUAAUAGAAAUUAUCAUCAUGAAAUAGUUCAGCCAAUUAUAAUUGAAAAAGAAGUUCCUGUUACCAAAUUCGUCGACAGAUAUAUUGAAAAGCAAGUGCCAUACCCAGAACGGGUAGAAGUUGUAAAAGAGGUACCAGUAGAUAGACCUGUGCAUGUUCCUGUGAGAUACGAUAGAAUUGUUGAAAAACCAGUAGAGGUCACUCGAUACGUCGAUAAACCUUACCCUGUAGAGGUAUUGAAGCCAUACCCGGUUGAAGUGAGAGUUCCAUAUCCCGUCGAGCAUAAAGUAUACGUUGAUAGGCCAGUUCACGUACCAUAUGCCGUUGAGAAAGUCGUUGAAAAGAAUGUAAUACAUCCUGUAGCUAUACCGACUCCCGUAGCGGUACCUUUUCCAGUAGAGCAAAAGGUGCUCUACCCAGUACCUGUUGAAAAACCAGUAGAUAGAAUAGUUCAUAAAGAGGUACCAGUACCUUAUCCAGUGGAAAAGAGAGUACCGUAUCCCGUCCACCACGAAGUGAGAGUACCUGUGCCUUACCCAGUAGAGAGACGGAUACCAGUGACAGUUGAAAAGCCAGUAACAAAAAUUGUCGAAAAGCAUAUUAAAGUACCUGUACCACAUCCGGUCCCUUAUGAAGUUCAGGUGCCAAAACCGUAUCCAGUUGACAGAAUCGUUGAGAGAAAAGUGCCUUAUCCAGUUCACAUUGACAGAAUAGUCGAGAAAAAGGUUCCAGUACAAGUACCAUACCCAGUAAAUACUGUCGUUGAAAAAAUAGUUGAGAAGCCUGUCAUAGUAACGAAAUAUGUUGAUAAACCUUAUCCUGUGGAAAAAAGGGUACCGUAUCCGGUAGACAGAAUUGUUGAAA